ACUGUAUAUUGCUGCAUACUCAGUUGUUGUCUGUCUAUUGUUGUUGUUUUGAAAGUGGAAAAUUGCGGACCAGGGUGCUCAGCAGCAGCCACAGAUGGAAGUGGUGAUGAAGGUAAAAGGGCAAGAACCAUCUACCUCCACCCCUGGAACACCUCUGACUGCUACUCAGCGAAAGAAGGAGUUGCAGGAAAGGCUGCAGCAGGAGCAGGCCUUGCUGGCAGAAUUAGAGAGACAAGAGGCAGCAGAACUAGAGGCUGCAACAGAUGCCUCACGCAGUGAGUAUCUGUUGGAGCAGCUAGGCAAAGCUCUGUCAGACGACCGUUGUGCCCAGGUGACUAAGAACUUGGCGGAGUGGGCCAUUUUGGAACACAAGGUCACUUGUUCUUACUUCACUAACUGGGAUGAUCGCAUCGGCCGCCUGGAGCGCAGGGUGGACGACCUGGCAGCUCAACAGUCCACGAUACUGAAUGCAAUUCAGAAUCUGACUGCUCAGCUGACAAUUGUCAAACUGAUUGUUCCCCAGUCUCCUCCUCUCUCAGUGAAACCUUCCUCUUCUCCCUCUUCAACUCCCUCUGGUUCGCGUCAUUCUUCCCCUUCACCAUCUCCUUCCCAAAAAGCCUCAACCAAACCCACCUUUGCUGCUGUUGUUGCACGGGAUCAGAAAGGUCCCAAGAUCCCUGCCCCCAACAAAUUCAGAGGGGAUGAUCCCAAGACUGAUGUUGGGGACUGGGCUGCAGGGAUCAGGGCUUACUUGAGGGGCUUCAUAUGCCCAGAACAGACAAAGGUGGCUACAGUUCUGGGACUGCUGGAGGGGCCUGCACAAAAGUGGGCUACCUCUACCUCCAGCGGUCUGAAGAAAUCUAUGGACGAUUGGGCUUUGGGAUUGGGGGUGGACAAUCUUCUGCAGGCUCUGGAAGACCGCUUUGCAGACAAGGAGACGGCCCGCAAAGCUGUUGAUAGGAUCGCUCGCCUUGGGCAGCAGCGCUACAGCGGUUCCCUGCAAUCGUUGUUUGCAGAGUUCGAGCAGCUAACUUCCACACCUGGUUUGGUCAUGUCUGCAGAUGACCUACUAACAAACUUCUGCAGGGCAGCCCCUGAGAAGUUGUCUGUGGCAUUGUAUAGCGCUGGGCACAAGGAUUGGAGAUCCUUUGGCCGCGUAGCCCUGGACAUGGAGGCCAAACUUCAUGUCCAGGCCCCCUCCUCUGACAGGAGGAAAGGUGCCUUCCCUCGUGGUGGUAGAAAGGGAAAGACAGCCUUUGCGCAUGCAAGGGCUGCACAAUAUUCAGCAAAGUCGACCUCAAAUCUGGCUACCAAUAGAUUGAGAUGGCAGAGGAGGAUGUCUACAAGACGGCCUUCAAGACCAGUUCUUCGGCAGGAUGAUGAAAAUGGUCUACGGCCUGUAGAGUUCAUGAGUAAGAAGAUCAAAACACAAAAGCUUCAGGACUCUACCUACGAGAAAAAGCUAUAUGCUCUUGUCUGUGCCUUGAAACAUUGGAAACACUUUCUCCUGGGGAGACACUUCAAGAGCUUCUCUGAUCACUCCACCUUACAGUGGAUGAAGUCCCAGGGAGAGUUCAAUGAUAAGUUGACACGUUACAUUCAGUUCAUCGACAUGUUCGACUUUGAACUGAAACACAAGAAGGGAUGCUACAACAAGGUGGUAGAUGCCCUCUCUCGUAGGCCCGACUCUUUUGCAUUGAUCUCCUCCACUCACUCCUUUGGAGAGGCGACCCGUCAGACCAUUGCUCGUCUUCUGCCUCAGGACCCGACUUAUGGACCCAUAGUCAGGACUCUGCAAGCGGAUCCCAACUCUGAACCCGGCUAUGCCCUGAGUUCAGGUUUGUUGUAUACCUACAGCAGAGGUGAGGAGCGCUUGUGCAUUCCCCAUGAUCAACGGCUCAGGGCACUGCUGAUGUCAGUGUCAUGAUGCACGUGGACACUUUGGGUUCUUAAAGUCAUAUGCAGCCCUGUUGCAGCGCUUCUUCUGGAGGGAGAUGCGGAGUGAUAUGUUGCGCUAUGUGGAAACCUGUGAGCUUUGCCAGAGGAAUAAGGUCCAGCGUAGGCCACCUCUGGGACUACUCAAACCCUUACCCAUACCUGAUGGCCCUGUUGAAUCUAUGUCAAUUGACUUCACAGAUUUAGGCAAGACCACCCCUCGAGGCAUGCGUCAGGUUAUGGUCUGCGUGGACAGGUUCUCCAAAUACGCAGAGUUUAUCCCCUUGCCAAAGGUAGCUAGAGGCCCGGUUGUGAGAGCAACCUUUUCAGAGAGGUGGGUCACCCACCAUGGACCGCCCACUUCUAUAGUCAGUGAUAAAGACCCCCGAUUUUG